AAGAAAACAAGCUUAUAUUUCUUUUAAACUUUUUAUUUUAUAUUAAUUUAUUAUUUCUUUCUUUUUUACUUUUGAAACUUUUUUAAUUCUUUUUUUUCGUUGUUUUAUUGAAAAGAAAAGAAUAUUAAAUUUCUUCGUAUAUUAGGAAUUUCUUUGUGAACAAAAAAAGUAAAUUUUAUUCGAACUAUCCGGGUCUCUGGCCACAACUUUUACGUAAUAAAGAACAAACAAUUUUCAUCUUCUUUCCUCCACCAAUCCCACCACCUUCUUUAUCUUUUAUUCAAGAAACUUUCAAUAAUUACAAACCAACAAACUAAAUCUUUUGUUCUCGGGAGGAUUUAUUAUUAUCGCCAUACAAUUAAAACAUCAGACUAGUCAUGAAUAAUACUAAAAUAAUCAAGCCUGAUCUAAACGAUUCAAACAGUACAACGAUCGAAUUUACAGAAAGUUAUUACUCUUCUGCACCUUCUGAAGUUGAAUCUGCUAUUAUUAAUGAAAAAACUAAAUUACGACGUGGCCUAAAAGCAAGACAUAUUCAAAUGAUUGCUUUAGGUGGAACAAUUGGUACUGGUUUAUUCAUGGCUUCCGGUAAAGCUAUCUCAAAUGGUGGACCCGGUGGUGCGUUGGUUGCUUAUGCUAUUGUAGGUCUUCUUGUUUUUUGCGUUAUGAUGAGUUUGGGUGAAAUGGCAGCUUAUAUUCCAGUUUCAGGUAGUUUUGCUCACUUUGCUAGACGAUUCGUCGAUCCUUCUCUUGGUUUUAUGAUUGGUUGGAUUUAUUGGGUCAAUUGGUCUGUGGGUGUAGCAGUUGAAUUAACAGGUGUAGCCAUGAUGAUGGAAUAUUGGGUGAAAGAUGUGAAUAGUGUCAUCUGGAGUAUCAUCUGUCUUGCCCUUCUUGUCUGUAUUAACGUAUUCUCUGUGAAAGGUUAUGGUGAAAUUGAAUAUUGGAUUUCAUUCAUUAAGGUAUUGACCGUCAUUGCCUUUGUUAUCGUCGGUAUCUGUGUUGAUACAGGUGCGGCUGGUGGUCAUUAUAUCGGUACAAGUAACUUUCAUUUAGAAGGUGGUGCAAUCCCUUUUGGUUUCAUUGGUAUCUUUAAUGUCUUCAUCACAGCCGCUUUCUCUUUUAAUGGCGUUGAGAUUGUCGGUAUCACGGCGGGUGAAUCUGAAAACCCUCAUAAAACAGUACCCGCUGCCGUUAAACAAGUCUUCUUUCGUAUCGUCCUCUUUUAUAUUCUUUCCAUUUUGAUUAUCGGUCUUAUCAUUCCUUAUACUGAUCCUGAUCUUCUUCAUGGUUCAAGUAAUGUCGCUGUCUCUCCUUUUACCUUGGUCUUUAAGAAGGCAGGUGCUGCUUGGGCUGCUGAUCUGAUGAAUGCCAUCAUCUUGGUCACCAUGAUAUCAGCUGGUAAUUCAGGUGUUUAUUCUUCAAGUAGAACUCUUUUAGCCUUAGCUGAAGAUGGUUCAGCUCCCAGUUUCUUUAAACGUAUUAAUCGUUGGGGUAUUCCCAUUUGGUCUGUUCUAGCUACCUGUGCUGUCGGUUGUCUUGCCUUCUUGACAAGUUUGUGGGGUUCAGGUGUUGUCUUUAAUUGGAUUACAGCUAUUCCUUCUGUCGCUGGUCUGAUCGUCUGGGUCUCUAUCUCAGUGACUCAUAUUCGUUUCCGUAUGGGUCUAAAGGCACAAGGUCGUUCCUUAACCUCCCUUCCUUAUGUAGCUCCCUUUUUCCCCUUUGGUGAUAUCUUUGUCGUCGUGGUGGGCUGUAUCGUGAUCGGUGGUCAAGGCUAUCAAAAUUUCCUUCCUCCAGUCGAUGUCAAGAACUGUAUCUCUGCCUAUCUCUCUGUCAUGUUCUGUUUUGUUCUUUACUUUGGUCAUAAACUCAUUCGACGUCCUGCUUUUAUCAAGGCAAGUGAAAUGGACUUUGAAACCGGUACCUAUAAAGAACCCGCUUUAAAGGUCAGUGAAGGCGAAAAAUUGAGUGAUGAUAUCAUGUCUGUUCCCAUUUGGAAACGAGCACUGAAGAAGGUUUUUAAUAUUAUUGCAUAAAUAAAAUAAGCCUUUUCAUUUCAUUUUAUUAUC